UUUCAAAUAGGGCCUAUGAAAAAAUGGAGCACAUGCAAAUAAAAAAAAUAUAUCACUGAAACUGCUUGUUUGAUCGGAAAACUGUCUUUGGAAAAGUUGUAGAUUAAUAUAUGGCGGCUGUUGGCGAACACAUCGCCGUUAGCGCUCACCUUCUACACAGCAACCUUGCGCCUCACACACACCACCCGCGGAUGUCUGAGCGACAGGUAAUGUUCAGCUGUCAACCGGUGAGUAGAAGAAAACCAAAACAACCCCAAGCGUGAACAAGUGCAGAAGCAAGUGAAUUAUCCCUAACCAUUAGAAGUUGUUACAAUAUAUUGUCGGGCCGCCACCAAACCGGACUUCGCACAAUCAAGUUGCGACGCGACCCAACUCGCGACGUUUUAUAAUCAUGUCAAAAGUAGUGCGCAUCCUUCCCGUUGUUGUCAGCAACACAGCUCACUAGAUGCGAAACAGUUGCGACACUUGUGGACCAAGAAAAUGACAAUUUUUGAUUGAAUGUCGGUCUUGAUUCCAACCGGAUAGACAAUAUCGAAUUAUCGUCUCAGUUGCUACAAAUAUCUGGGCUUAAUACUAUUAGUAACAAGGUAAACUUACAUAAACUACUUAAUUGAACUUAAAAUUAGCUUAACAUAUUUCUUAGUCUACUUGUUGAAUUUGACAGUCAUCGAACUGAAAUCUAACCUACAACUAUAUACAGAAGUACUUCAAGACUGGUAAGCCUACAAUUUAUAGAAUUUCUUCCACACAAAUCAUGAAAUUUAUAAUUAUAUAUGUAGCUACCCGAACCAAACCGACUAAGACUAAGACAAGACGAACGAGAUAACUACUUGAGGGACUAAACGUAAGUUACUUUAUUUGAUAUUAUGACAUACUAAGGACACACAACAAAAAUCACACAAAUAUGUACACUAUCAAAUCUAUGGAUGAUUAACUAUUUAUAUGUAUGUUCAUAACCACUAAACAGGAAAAUUAUAAUCUACCGUUCAACUGCAUCAAAUACCUGUGUUUCCAUACGGUGAUUCUAAUCACGGAAGCAACCCUUUCAGUACCCGUUGGUUCAAAAACCAACAUAUGUUAAUUCCGGCUAGCCCCGCGGCUAUACCCCUCAGGGUCGGCGACUGCUUGCCUCGAGAAACUCACUUACCGUUGUAUCGGAACAGAGGUGGACAAAACAAAGGAUAGCAGACCCACUGAUAGGGACACCAAGGCGGUCAGACAUUGAAAAAACGACAAUACAAUACAAAAGUAGACUUAAACAUAUUUAUUUACAAAAAUCAUGGUGUGUGUGUGUAUGUGUGCGUGUGUGAGGGUGUGUGUGUGUGUGUGUGACAUUCGUUGCGGCCGUUUAGAUCCAGUAGGUCGUGUCGAGAGAGGAGAGGUUAGGUUUCUUACUUGCCAGUUUUUGUCCUUCGGACCUCAGCAACCACGCUGGGGAAUCAUCCGUUGCAUGCAUUCAGGUUCCGUAUCGCCUUUCAGAUUGUUCCUCCUGGGCAUUUCCGUGGUGGUGGUCCGUAGCAGGUGGAUUUCGGUCCUCCAGGGUUCUCGGUCCGGGGUCCUUCGGUUCUCGUUCGGUGGAGGUCGUCACCAGGGGAUGGGUGUGGGUUUCGGAAAAGUUUUGCAAUCUUCGUCGACGUCCCAGCGCCCGCCGACGGGGUGGUGACCCAUAGGAUUUUGAGUGGCGGCAAGCGGGGCAAGCCCACGGACCUCACCGUCACCCUCACCGCAAGAACGUCCGUCACCGAACCCUCGUGGCGUGUGAUCCAGUGAUAGCACAACUCACUGAUCACCGGCACUGAGCUCGCCGACCUAACCACACGUUGGAUAUGGGGUGCGAACAGUCAAGAUGGUGUAUGUUCGGCGUCCGGAUCCAGACCCACCAGUUCCACUCGGCCUGGUUACUUCCCGAAUCAGCGUCGUACUGGGUCCCUUCUGCACUAUCGAAAUGGGCACUAAUUCCUUCCGGUUUUCCACAGAGAGUACGGAAACUCCGUUCCACACGUUCACCGGAUAAUCUUCAAUGCGCCAGCUUCUAUUUCUCGUGGAUCUCUCACCGCACUUUUCGAGUCCGACCUGAUAUAAAAUGUCCAACCGUCGUCUUCGUGCAUCGGAUACUUUCUGCCUCCUCAUCGUCUAGCUCCUUUUUUUUCACCUUUUCCUCUCCUCUUCCUUCUCUCUCUCUCUCUCUCUCGUCCCUCUCCUCUCAACAACCCAUGCCCGGAACUGUCAUUGUAGACAGGGUUGCCACGUUCUUAGAAAAAUACAAUUCGUGUAAAGAUGUGAGACGUUCUCGUUUGUCGUGGACGUAGAAGGGGGUAAGUGUUAUACUGUUCGUUGUGUUAUGUGUUUCCUAUCUAUAUUUUCCUUAAAUUCUUGACAAAAAUUACAAAGCUCCUAUCUAGAUAAUUUUAGGGAACUUUCUUGGUAUCCAUACUGUGGGUUCAGUUAUGAAAUUGUUCUGAUGUGUCGGUAACACAUAUUACAAUUUUCGUUUACGAGAUGUCGAGUCGCGAAGCGCACGGUUCCGGGAAAAACGUCAAGCUGUCAAAAAGGGCUAAGAGCCCCAAAACCAAAGGUGAUGAAGUGGUUGAAAGUGGUGAUGUGUCGAUUGUGGUCACGGGAGCUCCUGUGGAAAUAUCAGUAGGGGAUCGGACAUUAGCUGGUCGGACCUGCAAAUCAUGCAAAGGGCCGGAUAGUGAUGAGAUGGUGCAGUGCGAUAACUGCGAUAAGUGGCACCACUUUGGUUGUGUUGGAGUUACGGAGGAGGUAGCAGAUCAUAGUUGGAGCUGUCCAAAGUGCAUAUCAGCAAAAUGGGCUCAGCGAUCGGGAUCUACUUCCAGCAAACAUCUUCAACCAACGGGUGAAACUACGGAUGCGCAGAAAACGUCAAACGCGUCGAAGGAGAAAAACCAACAAACUUCCGUUGUAGCCGCAGAGAAGCAGAACGUUAACGACGAGGGGCAACAUCAAAUCAGCGACCGGGAAAAGGACAAUAGGGUACCAGCCAGUGUUGUGUCAUCUUCUUCAUCCCGCAGAUCUUCGAGGACACUGCUGAAGCUACAAAUGCAGAAGCUGGAGGAGGAGCAAAGAUUGGCAAAAGAGUUUCUGGAAAGGAAGUACGCUCUAUUGGAGGAAGCAGUCAGCGAGAGGAGUUCUAGGUCGGCAAGUUCUAAGGUUAGUUCCAGCAUGAGCCGAGUGCGCGAUUGGGUGCGAGGCAACAAAACUUGCCAUGAAGAAGAAAGUGCGUUGAACUAUCCAGAAAUAUUCGAACCCGAAAGGCACUCUACGCAGAAUCCAAGUAUGUUAGCGGGCUUGUAUCACCUGCCAAUCCCGAGAGGACAGUCGCUUUCUGCACAACAGGAGCAGCAGACAAUCGGUAGAACUUUCUCUGUCAGAGCAAUGUCCAGUGCUGUUGCAAAUCCAGUGAGAUCAACCGUAGAUAUCGACGGUGGUCAACGUGCAGCGUUCGAUAGAACAGUACAGCCUUCGUUGAGAAACCGACAGACAGAUCACUCUUGCGCAACAGGGCAUUACUACGAUUCUACGCGCGUUCCGUUAGAUCCUCCAUGCUCAAGAAGGGAACCUCGACUUGAGGAAGACUUCGACGACCCAUGUCCUCUAACCAAGAAGCAAUUAGCUGCGCGUCAAGCUAUCUCGAAGGAUCUGCCAAAUUUUUCGGGGAAACCAGAAGAAUGGCCUAUUUUCUUCUCAUCAUAUUCCAACACAACUGCUAUGUGUGGGUUUACGGAUGCAGAGAACGCAGUCCGGUUGCAGAAGAGCUUGACAGGUAAAGCAUACGAAGCAGUUAAAAGCCGUUUGAUGCAUCCCUCCAACGCGAAAGGGGUGCUCGACACACUGCGGAUGAGAUUUGGGCAGCCGGAAGCUAUCGUUCACUCCCUGAUAGCUAAGAUUACAGCUCUACCGCCGCUGAAAGAAGAUAAGCUUGAGACUAUAAUGGACUUCGCCGUAGAAGUUCAAAACUUCUGUGCUAUUGUAGAUGCAUGCGAACUGGAGGAGCACAUGUAUAAUGUGUCAUUGUUGCAUCAGCUAGUCUGCAGGUUGCCAUCAUCGAUCAAGCUUGACUGGGCCAGAUAUCGGCACACACUUCCAAGAGCCAAUUUGGCGACUUUCGGUAACUGGAUCUAUUCGUUAGCAGAAGCGGCUAGCACUGUAACCAUUCCCGGAGUUCCGGAUUCCAAGCCUAUGCGGAACGAGUCACGGCCAUCCAAGAAAAGCACAGGAUUUCUAAAUGCGCAUCUAGAGCCAAUCGAAACAGAACUCUAUCCCGAAAUAGAGACUCCUCGAAAGAAUACGGACGACUGUUUGGUUUGCAAGUCCACUUGCAAAGCAAUUGAAAAAUGCAAACAAUUUCUGGAGCUGCCUAGAGACUCAAGGUGGGCUGUUGUACGAGACUUCAAUCUAUGCCGUCGCUGCCUGGGAAAACACAAUGGGAUGUGUAGGGCCAAGCCGUGUAGGAAAAAUGGUUGUACGCGAAAGCAUCAUGAGUUACUCCACAAUGAGAAUCAAAUCAGGAGCGAUGCGGCAACUGUCAUAGACAAAGAGCAGCAAGAGCCCCCUUCCAUUCGGCACGAGUGUAACAGUCACCGGUCUAGUUCCAACAGUUCCCUUUUUCGCUACCUCCCAAUCACCCUCCACGGAAAGAAUGGGUGCGUCCGGACAUUCGCCUUCUUGGAUGAAGGUUCAAAGCUGAGCCUCAUGGACCAAGACCUUGCUGACGAGCUGGAGCUGGAUGGAGUUGAAAGUCCGCUGUAUCUUCGAUGGACUGGUGGUACCGAGCGGUGCGAAAAGGAUUCCCGUGUCAUUACCGUUGCGAUUUCAGGCACGUUUAACGAAGCAAAGAAGUUUAAGCUGGAUGAAGUACGAACGGUAAAGGAGCUUCAGCUGCCACGACAAUCAUUAGACGCCAGGAAAAUGAUCCGUAUAUGCGAGGACUUCCUAUCGAGUCAUACGAGAAUGCCCGUCCAAGAAUUUUGAUCGGGCUCAAGCAUGCUCAUAUAAGCAUUGUGCUGCAGUGUAGAGAAGGAACAAUAGAACAACCCAUAGCAAUAAAAACUCGACUGGGUUGGACCGUGUGUGGCGGAAGCGAUGGCGAAAUACUCCGAAUAUGGUGCAUUAUUCCUUCCAUGUAGGAUCUCGCAAUGAUCAUUCGGAUGAAGAUUUGCAUCAAGCCAUGAAGGAAUAUUUCGCGCUCGAUAGCCUGGGCGUAGCAAAGCCGAGGUAAGCCCUACUCUCGUCAGAAGACCAGCGAAGCUGCAAAAUGCUUGAAUCAUUAACCACUUUCACCGGUGAACGUUAUGAAACAGGGUUACUUUGGCGGUACGAUGAUAUGCGUCUACCAAAUAGUCGGUCGAUGGCGCUUCGGCGUUUUCGCUUAUUGGAAAAGCGAAUGAGCAAGAAUCCAGACCUAGCCCUAGCUCUGAACCAAAAGAUAACCGAGUAUACUGCAAAAGGGUACAUUCGACAGCUAUCCAAGGAAGAAGAAGAACGGCCAGUCAACCGUGCCUGGUAUUUACCUGUGUUUCCGGUGUUCAACCCAAAUAAGCCGGGAAAAGUUCGCAUUGUCUGGGACGCGGCUGCCAUGGUAUUCGGAGUAUCGCUAAAUUCUGCUCUUUUGAAGGGCCCUGAUCAGGUGUGUACGCUUUUCUCCAUACUUCUACAUUUUCGAGAACAUCGGAUUGGACUAACUGGUGACAUUCGCGAGAUGUUCCACCAAGUACAGAUUCGGGAACAAGAUCGGCCAUGUCAACGUUUCUUCUGGAAGGACGAAUCUGGAGAGACAGCCGUUUUCGAAAUGUGUGUUAUGACUUUCGGUGCGUGUUGCUCGCCUAGUAGCGCACAAUUUGUCAAAAAUCUGAAUGCGGAACGAUUCAUUGGCAAAUAUCCACAGGCGGUCGAAGCCAUCAUCAAACGGCACUACGUGGAUGACAUGAUGGUGAGCGUUAAAACGGAGAAAGAGGCAGUCCGUAUGGCGCAUCAGGUGAACUAUAUUCAUUCCCAAGGCGGAUUCGAGAUUCGGAACUGGAUAAGCAACUCUUCUGCGGUUUUGGAAGCACUAGGAGGACACGAUGCGGAGACGAAGAACCUCGAUCUGUCCGCUGAAAUGGUGACAGAGAAAGUUCUGGGACUAUGGUGGUGCACUGAAAAGGACACGUUCACGUUCAGAGUAGGCUGGACUCGCUACGAUGAAGCACUGCUUGCAGAACGCCGAUGUCCUACGAAACGAGAAGUAUUGAAGGUGCUGAUGUCGAUAUUUGACCCUCUCGGCUUAAUUGCCCACUUUCUCAUUUACCUGAAAGUUCUCCUACAGGAAAUCUGGCGCUCCGGAACUCAAUGGGAUGAAGAGAUCCAUGACUCUCUGUUUUUGAAGUGGCAAACCUGGCUGAGAGUACUACCUGAAGUAGAAAGUGUACAAAUACCUCGGUGCUAUCACCUCAAGGAUUUUUCCGACAUCAGAACAGAGCUCCACACGUUUGUUGAUGCCAGUGAGACUGCAUUCGCUGCUGUAUCGUAUCUAAGAUUUCCAGGGAACGACGAAAUAGAAUGUACUCUCGUUACAGCGAAAACCAGAGUAGCUCCGUUAAAAUUCCAGUCUAUUCCAAGGCUUGAACUACAAGCUGCCGUUCUUGGCGCAAGACUCGCCCAAACGGUUAGUGAAUCCAUGUCCACCCAAGCAAGUCGACGCUAUUUUUGGACUGAUUCUCGGGAUGUCCUGUGUUGGAUUAACUCAGACCACCGUCGGUUCACACAGUUUGUGGCACACCGAGUUAGUGAGCUCCUCGAUACGACGGAAGCAGCGGAAUGGCACUGGGUUUCAACGAAGGACAACGUAGCGGAUGACGCCACGAAAUGGCAGGGAAGACCAGACCUCACCGAAAGCAGCAGAUGGUUCACUGGUCCCGAAUUCCCCGAGUACGAGUCUCUUGCACCAAAGUGAGAAGAAACUGUCAACUAUGCAAGAACUAUCAAGCAACGCCAAGCAUUCCUAUUAUGGCUGAUCUGCCCAAUGCCAGAUUAGCUGCUUACUCGAGGCCAUUCACCCAUGUAGGAAUUGAUUAUUUCGGGCCAAUGGAGGUGUGUGUCGGUCGUAGAGUUGAGAAACGUUGGGGAAUGCUAGCCGCCUGUAUGACAACGCGGGCGGUACACAUUGAGAUAGCGCACUCUCUCAACACAGCUUCCUGCGUUAUGGCCAUUCGUAACAUGAUUGCCCGCCGUGGAGUUCCCCGUCAUAUAUAUUGCGAUCGUGGGACUAACUUUGUUGGCACAAGCAAGGAGUUGAAUCGCGUGAAAGAGGAGCUCGACUUGGAAGUCAUGAUGAGAGAAUUCACCAGCUUGGUCCUUCAACCCGCCUUUGUCACCGCAUAUGGGUGGGUGUUGGGAGAGACUGAUUCGCAGUGUAAAGAACAGUUUGAAAGCUUUAAAUUUGCCUCGUCGACCGUCAGAUGAAGUUCUACGUAACGCGUUGGUCGAAAUCGAGAACACGCUCAAUUUGAGGCCGCUAACACAUGUUCCGAUUGAAGAAAACACCGCUCCAGCUCUCACUCCCAACCAUAUUCUGUUGGGAACAUCCAACGGAACCAAACCGCUAACUACGCUAGACGACAGCGGUGUCAUCGUACGUCAGUGCUGGCGUACAUCCCAGGUCAUCGCUAACCAGUUUUGGAAAAAAUGGAUCGUGGAGUAUCUACCGGAAAUAACAAGAAGGACCGAAUGGUACGAUUCCAAUGCGCUUCCGGUAAAGAUCGGCGACGUAGUCGUGAUCGUAGACUCGACGUUUCCUCGGAAUUGCUGGCCCAAAGGGAGGAUUAUUGCGAUCCAUCCAGGUCGGGAUGGAAAGGUAAGAUCGGCAACAGUUAGGACCGCGGCUGGCGUCUACGUAAGGCCGGUAGUCAAGCUAGCUGUUUUAGACGUUAGACGCGAUGAGGAGUAGUUGAUCGGGUGAUCAACGUACGCGGGGGAGUGUUGGCGAACACAUCGCCGUUAGCGCUCACCUUCUACACAGCAACCUUGCGCCUCACACACACCACCCGCGGAUGUCUGAGCGACAGGUAAUGUUCAGCUGUCAACCGGUGAGUAGAAGAAAACCAAAACAACCCCAAGCGUGAACAAGUGCAGAAGCAAGUGAAUUAUCCCUAUCCAUUAGAAGUUGUUACAAUAUAUCGAAUUAUCGUCUCAGUUGCUACAAAUAUCUGGGCUUAAUACUAUUAGUAACAAGUCUACUUGUUGAAUUUGACAGUCAUCGAACUGAAAUCUAACCUACAACUAUAUACAGAAGUACUUCAAGACCGGUAAGCCUACAAUUUAUAGAAUUUCUUCCACACAAAUCAUGAAAUUUAUAAUUAUAUAUGUAGCUACCCGAACCAAACAGACUAAGACUAAGACAAGACGAACGAGAUAACUACUUGAGGGACUAAACGUUAGUUACUUUAUUUGAUAUUAUGACAUACUAAGGACACACAACAAAAAUCACACAAAUAUGUACACUAUCAAAUCUAUGGAUGAUUAACUAUUUAUAUGUAUGUUCAUAACCACUAAACAGGGAAAUUAUAAUCUACCGUUCAACUGCAUCAAAUACCUGUGUUUCCAUACGGUGAUUCUAAUCACGGAAGCAACCCUUUCAGUACCCGUUGGUUCAAAAACCAACAGCGGCUCUCAGAAAAAUACACAUUGGAAAAUUUAUUUAUAUUUUCUUCUAAAAAAAACUGAAUUUUGUUACUCAAAAAUAAAUAUCUCAAAAAGCUAUUUUUUUUUUACCUUCGUGAUAUUUUGUGAGAAUAAAGUUUAUUCUGUUAGCUACCAUCUGUAGAAAUUUCAUAAUGGUAAAAAAAAGUACAAAAAAGUUAUGGCACUUUGAAUAUUUUCGGUUGUGUGUUUUUUUGAGUGGAGUAAUUCUCGCUGAAUCCAGGCCGCCGUUUACAUAAAGUCUGGGAUUUCAAUUUUUUCUUGCUUAUUCGCUAGAACAUGAUAAAAAAGGAUAAACACCACUUUGGUUGGGUUAAAUUGAUGGGCCCCUCGCUUGACAAGGGGCUUUCAAGGUGACAAAAAUGACGAUUUUUCAACAAAUUGCACAUAAUUUAUCGCAUAAUAUCUCAAAAUUUAAUGUUUGAACAUAUAUAAAACUUCACUUUUCCAUAAAGGGAAAGUAUAGACCUUUCAUUUGAAGUUAAAAAUUUUUCGCAGCCAUCUCUAAAUUGGUCGCCAUUUUGAAUUUUAUCAUUAAAUUGCGAUUCCACUGUAUUCGCAACCAUCGAUUUCAAAUCCGAACUUACCAUUAGAAACCUGAGAGUCUAAGCUUCCCAAAAUAUUCAAAAUUUAGGUGUGCAUUGACCGCAACAAUGAUAUAUCGAUUAAAACGUUAGGCGUUUUCCCAUACAUUCUCUCGCACGCAUCUGAUCGUGCGAUAACGGGAUCGGUGGAAUCGCAUCGCAUGCAUGGCAUCGAUUAAAAUGGAUUCGUGCUGGUGCGUGGAAGGCUCAAAUGUUAUACCCGAUUCUUUUUUGCGCGAGUCUGUUUUUUGCUAUAACUUUGUCAAGGUGGCAAAAAUUACGAUUUUUCAACAAAUUGCACCUAAUUUAUCGCAUAAUAUCUCAAAAUUUAAUGUUUUAACAUAUAUAAAACUUCACUUUUCUAUAAAGGGAAAGUAUAGACCUUUCAUUUGAAGUUAAAAAUUUUUCGCAGCCAUCUCUAAAUUGGUCGCCAUUUUGAAUUUUAUCUUUAAAUUGCGAUUUUCACUGUAUUCGCAACCAUCGAUUUCAAAUCCGAACUUACCAUUAGAAACCUGAGAGUCUAAGCUUCCCAAAACAUUCAAAAUUUAGGUGUGCAUUGACCGCAACAAUGAUAUAUCGAUUAAAACGUUAGGCGACCUCCCAUUUUCCCAUACAUUCUCUCGCACGCAUCUGAUCGUGCGAUAACGGGAUCGGUGGAAUCGCAUCGCAUGCAUGGCAUCGAUUAAAAUGGAUUCGUGCUGGUGCGUGGAAAGUCUCAAAUGUUAUACCCGAUUCUUUUUUGCGCGAGUCUGUUUUUUGCUAUAACUCAGUCAGUUUUCAACCGAUUCUCAUGUAAUUUUGUGCACAUGUAGGCACGAUUAGUACUAAGGUAUGCACAUAGCAAAAUCUAGCCACCGCAUUUUGGAUAGAAAUAUUACAAUUUUGAACGAAUCGUGGCAACCUAUGGCGUAAAUGAAAGUUUAUUGUGUAAGGAAUCUAAAAAUGUUUACUUCGGGGAAUAUUUUGACAAUGUGUUUGAAAUAGAGUCAAGGGAACAAGAAGUCCUCGAAAAGUUUUAGCACGAACAUGCUGAAAAUGCGACAAUGUACAUUAAAACGACCGUCCCCGCAGACUUUAGUUAGCUUUCAAGUACCGUAAAACGGGGUAUCAUUGAUCAGUGGGGUAACAUUGAUCGGCUUGGCCGACCUCAUGAAAUGUUGAAACAAAAAUUUGUCAUUGAAUCAGUUUCUGCUCUCGAAUGGUAUUUCGUAAUCUGCUAUUAUUCAGCUAUUGUCGCUGCAGCACUAACCUGCAAUUCGCUGGACAGUCCAGCGACGCGACAAUUUCCAGCGACGUCAAUUGAACUGUCAUUGCAGUCCUGACGUUUUGCCACCAACCAUCAUUGUUUACCUCCAGUUGGAGCUGGCUACCGUUCUACCAUUUCAAUCUGAAACGAUUUUUCCUUUUUUAGAUAAGUUGGUUCACAUUCCUUUAAUGCAUCUUAAUAACAUUUGAAUUUAAUAAAGCCAUCAAAACGACAUAUACAAUUCAGCAUCAAUCCACCGUGGCAUCGAAGGCGGACAAACGGACAUCCCUCCCAACAGUCAUAAUCCUCCGAUCGUCACCGUCUCGAUUGCGCAAAAAUGUGUUUAAUUUCGUGCAAAGCCAUCCGGAAUUGACCGGCAAAGGGCGUUGUGGGGCAAAGAGUUUAUCAGGAAUGUUGAUUAUGGGAAAAAAUCGAGAUCAGCUCCUUAAAACGAUCUUUUCCAUGACCAAAUACAAUAAGCACCACAUCGGGUCGUCGGGGGUGGGAAAUUCGUCGUAGAAGUAAAUAACAAUCACGGUGUGUUAGCCGGUAAUGUUGUCUUGGUCCAUGUCGAAGAUACUUCAAACUUUUAAUAAAAUUUCGCAUUUUUAGUUAUUCUAUAAUGCAAUUUUGUCAUUUAUCACCUUAAAUAAUGGAUUUUUGAUAGUUGAGCUUCAACUUAUACCAAAAUAUUCAUUUAUUUGUUUCAUUUUUUUUGAGAAUUUUUGUCACUUUGUGAAUCAAGACUACACUGGAUGAAUGUAUCAUGAACUUCGCUGGUGAUUUGUGAGCAGUCCAGCGACACGUCGCUUCCAAUUUUUUUCUGCAGGCACAAUAUUUAAUGACAUGUAAUUGAUGAAAAUUGAGUUUCAUAAACAUUGAAAUAACUCGAUUUUUCCUUAACUGUGUUUCGUAAAGCAAUGAGAUCAGGGUGCGAAAAACGGAUAACGCCGAAAAACAAACGCUUUGUCCUAAGCGGUGCAUGUUGGUAACAAAGGCGCUCCGCAACAAACGCAUGUCAGGCGAUGGGAGCAAUAAAACAACCAUCGCGUGCCGUGCGUGUGCUGAUAUUCCGGCUUUUCCAGUGUUUGGACGAAAAAGUGAUCAGUGAACCACUCGGCAGUUUUUCUUCCCUUCUGUUGGUUCUGUUUCAAUUACCAAGCGGUGUAUGUUCUCUCGUCGAGUCGCAUGGUUCACGAAGGAACACAAAGAGGAUACUCCGAUAUAAACAAGCUGCGGUGAUGAGCGGGCAUCGCUAAGUGUAACACUUACCGAUGAUCGCUCAUCGUUGGCUUGGGGCAACUGUGAAUAAUCGUUAUUUUCAUCAGUAUUUAAAGCGUUUUCGCUUUAAAAACGUGAAAUACUAUUUAAUUUAACUGUAUUCAUGACGUUGCAGGUUGUGUAGUCACAAUAAAAAAGAAUUAUGGCAAUAACAUAUUCUUACCGAAUGCAUCGCUUUCAUUAGCGUUAUCGAGCAUCUUCUCUCUUGAUUGCGCUCUCGUAUCGAACCGGGCAAGAGAAUGAACAGCAUUUCGGAGAGCGUUCCCGAGCAUGUUGGUUCAUGAAAUGUUACAUUCGCGAAUGUAUCACUUGCUGAGCAUGGACCAUUCAGUGGUUCGCGAUAAAAAUCCACACACUGAUUGGACAAAAUAAGACUCUUGCAAACCUCAGAGUUAAGUUUCAGUUUUAAAACAAUGCGAAAAUCACGAUGUGAAUAGAACGAGACAAAUAUUCCUACCGUUUUGAAUAGACAAUUGACCGGCUAUGAUGUGUAGCUAAUCGAUCGCGAAAUAAACAACCCUGAAAGUGGUAUUCGGACGUCCGCGUUAUUCCCGAAUUUAGUACCGUUGGUUCCCGGAGUGACUGGUGAUUGUCCGUACGUGUUUUCCCGUUUAAGUGUAACUCCACCGGUGCAAGAAAAGUGAACUGAAUUUUUCAUCAAAACCGCCGUCUACGUUCAACGAUAGUGUACCCAGCUUAUUUUUCCUGUGACGCACACAUUGUAGCAUUGUGGCUACUGUGUAAAUAUAAAUUUGUUGUUCUUAAGCGAACUGUACAUAAAUGUAAAUAUUACUAUUGUUAUGGAAUGGAUUUUGUUGUAUUAUAUGGUUUUAGUAAUAAAUUAAAUAUUCACUCAGGAAGUUCACUAGACUAUUCAAAUAAAUAGAUUAAAAAGGAAACCAAUUCAACACCUACUAAAUAGUUCACAGGCGCAUACAUAAUUAAAACUUGCAUACAAGCCGUUCAUCCAGAAAAUGAACACCACCGAACUUCAUAGCUCUACUCCGAACUUAUACGGGAAUUCAGUUACGAAUGAUGAAGUGAUAGCUCGAUCCGAAGGAUUAUGAAGGAAGGAGAUGGUAUCAUCCAUUCGUAGAUAUUAUAGAAUUUGAAGAUCGGGUUCAUAAGGUCGUUGUCCUUUUAAAAGGUUCAACAACCUCCGAUCACGAAUACGACAAUUACUCGCGACCUAUCUGAGGCGCUCUAGAACCACACUCGAUUUUCAACCGAGACCGUGGGAAGAUCCGGGAGUGCGAGUUUAAAUUAAAUCUUAGUGUCGCGAACCUGGUUGUGGCUAAGCAUUCAGCUAGAAGAGUUGUGCGGUUCCAAUAGUCCGUGUGCGAGUGGGGAAAGAAAUCAAGCCGUUCGACGGCUUUUUGUUUCAAGUUCCGAACGGGAAUCGAACCGCCAACGUACCAGCAUCGCGCAAAGGACCGCAUCACCCGAACCCCUCGACCACCGAAUCCAUUGUUAUACGGCAUCUCGUUGAAAUUUCUCCGGUUGCGGGAAACCGCUACUCGGAAAGGGACCGCAUCGUCACCAUUGCGUCCGGGCCUGUAGAAGCACCGUCGCCGUUAUACCUGACGAACCGCUUCCGGCCAUAUUGCACGUCGACCAGCGGCGUCAAGCGAACGCCAUUUUGAUAUCCGGCGAACUACGAUCACCAGCCGGUCAACACGACGAGUACGCUUCGGUCGUAAUCCGGCAAACGCCGCACCGAAUUAGUGGUACUGUCGCAAUAUCGCAUCGCAUCGUCUGGGCAGCUUCGGUAAAGCAGAACUGGAGUACGGUAAGGCAGAGGAAUCCACGGUACCGUGAGUAGCCACUUUUAUUAAUGCGCAUGAUAAUUUGAGACACACAUACUAGGGAAGCUAUAUUUAGAAUCCACCGCACACGUUAGGUAGCUUAGAGAUAAGAAGAAGAAGAAGGAAAGGAAUCUGAAAAUGUCCUAGGGUUAAUAAAGUGAAUUUGACUAAUUGAAAUACAUCAUGAACUGAUUACACCAUCUCUAAUAAAUGUUUUGCUAGCUACCAUGUGUGUCAUGUUUUCUAGGGACUAAAGAUUUCUCACGUCGUUCGAUUAGUCAUAUUUUUUGUUGUCUUUCUGCUGUAUCAUUUUUACUCCUAGUUGGACUGCUAGGGAAAUCAGUCCCUCCGUUUCCGUUCUUCUAGCGAAAAGGGAGAUUUGUGAGAGUGAGUUCUGCCAGUGAUGAAAACUCGCGAGUUACUGUGACUAAUCGAACGACGAUCUUCAACUGUUAUAAUUCUAUCUAUGGUGGUGCCUCUUUACGCUGUUGUGUUAGUGCACGUUCAGAAGAGAGCCUCUCGUUCGAGAGAGAAAAAGGGAAAUUGAAUGCUGUGACAUGAAAGCGAUCGAAGAAUAAAUCAGAACUUGUUUGUACAUCAGUCGAAUCAGUCGUGUUUAGACUAACGUCCAUCUUUAUCCGAAACCUUACCGUUCCGUUUAAGAAUAAGUUAGGACGUUCCUCCGCUUCGUCUCUGUCCGCCUUUUGUAGUUAUAUCAGCUGGCGACGAGAAAAGUACGGAUUAAGUGAAUUCGCGAUAGUGACUCGGUUAAGUGUUUAAUUAUUUCGCCCUACAUUCCCAGUGCUCAGCGUAAGUCAUUUUUCCCUGGGAAGAGCUAGGAGAUUUCCGCUGAAAAAUAGCGUCGUUUGAAGUGCAUUUUUUUUUUAUCGAUUCGGUGACCUUUUGUUCUUCGCUUUUGUUUGGAUUUCAAAGAGUGCUUUGUGUUUGCAGCCGCAUAAAGUGAUAGUGAAAGUGGCAUAUCUAUCUUUAGAAUUUUCAUAGCGGCAUUGUUUUUGAUUAAUUAUUUUACCGAACGAUUUUAUUUAGAAUUUUUUGAGAAAUUAAUGAUUUCCAGCGUUGUUGGCCAUUUCUUCGUUUCAGCACAAACCAUAAUUUCGAUACAUACUUUACACCAUUUUGUUUCUCUUUUAUCUCCGUGUAGUUACUCCAUCUGACAGGUCGUUGCGAGAGUGAGUUCGUCGAAAUCAUCGAUCACUCGACGGCCGAAGUUCACUCACUUCGUUCGGUAUCCAUGCAUGAGGUGCGCUGCAUGUGUGAGUGCUAGUGCGGAUAAUUUGUCGGAGUACACACGGGAUAUUUUGUGAGACGGCAAUUGAGCGACCUGCAAUAUCAACAUCAGCCUACUGUACACUACUACAUACAACCAUACGACAUCUAGUGCAGUGCAGUUGCUGAAUAAAGGGUGCAUCAAUUGUUUAGGCCUGCCUCCAAGGCACGAUCAGCUGAUUCUGAAGAGACUUUCGACGGUGACGUUUGUGCUGAAUUGGUGCCGGCUGCUGUGCAAGAAGUUAACCUUGACCAACUCACAGUGGUGCUUACGACGGUUGAUUUUACCUCUGUUUUCCUGCAUGCAGUUUUGAGUUGCGGCGGCAGCAUUUUUUUGAAGGUGAAGUAGGGUAGGGCGGGGCAAGAUGAGCACCCUAAGGAUCACGUUGAAUUUAUUGGAAGUGAUCACAAUUUUUCAAAGUACCUCUCAGUAGUUCUUUUCUAUAUCAUGUUUUCUACCACCCAUAAACAUGGCAGGGUUCAAAAUGCACAACAAGGAUUAUUUUUUUGACUAAACAAAAAAGAUGUUUUAUGGUCAGUUCAAACAUGCUGCGGGGCAAGACGAGCACCCCCACGGGGCAAGAAGAGCACUUCAUUAAAAUCUUAAUAUUUUAACAAUAAAUUGGCCACACAGUGAUUGAUAUAGUAAAUCUUGUUUAUAGCUAUGGUAUCACGUUCUAAAAUGAUCAGUUUCUUUCUCUAAUAUUGAAAAAAUAAUGUAGUUAUAAUACUUUAUACAAAAUGACCCGAAAAACAAUAAACGAUUAUUAAGUGGCUUAUUUUUUUGAAUUUACGCAACCAAAUAGUUGUAGAGGACACGGAAACUUGUGUUUGGCACAGUUCGGCACUAUUGACUGGAUUACAAUAAUUUCAAAAUAUUUUCUAUAUUCCCAUCAGGGGUGCUCAACUUGCCCCACUAUAGGGUAAUAACUUAAAUUGAAUAAAUUUUCAUGUUUGUUUUUAGAAAAUAUUUUCUAAUGUAAGUUAAAAUGCUUUGCAGUAAGCUAGUAAUGUUGGCUGAUAACCAGAAUUACGGUAAAAAAUAUAUUGUGACAUAAAAACCUUA